CCCCGCGGGGCGGGCGGGGCGGGGUCAGGGUCUCACACCAUCCAGGUCACCUGUGGCUGUGACGUGGGACCCGACGGGCGCCUCCUCCGCGGGUACGAACAACACGCCUACGACGGCGCCGACUACAUCGCCCUGAAGGAGGACCUGGCCUCCUGGGCUGCGGCCGACAUGGCUGCUCAGAUCACAAAGCGCAAGUGGGAGGCGGCCGGUGUGGCAGAGCGUGAGAGGAGGUUCCUGGAGGGGGAGUGUGUGAAGUGGCUCCGCACUCACCUGGACAAAGGGAAGGAGACCCUGCAGCGCGCAGACCCUCCAAAGGCACACGUGACCCACCACCCCGUCUCUGCCCAUGAGGUCACCCUGAGGUGCUGGGCGCUGGGCUUCUACCCUGCGGACAUCAGCCUGACCUGGCAGCGUGACGGGGAGGACCAGACCCAGGACAUGGAGCUGGUGGAGACCAGGCCUGCGGGGGACGGCACCUUCCAGAAGUGGGCGGCCGUGGGGGUGCCCCCUGGAGAGGAGCAGAGAUACACGUGCCAUGUGCAGCACGAGGGGCUGCCUGAGCCCCUGACCCUGAGAUGGGAGCCGCCUUCUCAGACCUUCAUCGUCUUCAUCAUCCUGGGCAUCGCUGGGGGCCUGGUUCUGCUGGGAACUAUGGCUUCAGCUGUGAUGUGGGGGAGGAGGCGCUCAGGUGGAAGUGGAGGGAGCUACGCUCAAGCUGCCAGCAGUGACAGUGCCCAGGGCUCUGAUGUGUCUCUCUGGGCUUCUAAAGCGUGAGGCAGCUGCCUUGUGGGGACUGAGUGAUGGAAGAUGUGUUCAGGCUCCCACUUCCUGACUCAGGAACCUCUGAUUGUGGGCUGGCCCCGCCCUGCUCCCCAAGAUUUCCGGUCAGCAGAGGGGAGCUGGGUCCUCCCCAUCCGUGUUUACUCCCCCGUGCUCUGAGCUGCAACUUACUGCUCCCGAAUUGAAAUGAGUUCUUGAUGUGAUCUUCUUUGUUUACUUGUUGCCAUGAAGGUUUGGGGGGUUAAUUAAAGGAAAAGAUCCUAAAAUCUGAGAGGAUAUAAAUUGAAGCAUCAAGAGCUUUCCAGAA